AUGGCACCAAAAAAGAAGGGAGUUGUCGAAAAACCAGUUUUGUUAGGUAGACCAGGUAAUAACUUGAAAUCUGGUAUUGUUGGUUUGGCAAAUGUUGGUAAAUCAACUUUUUUCCAAGCUGUUACCAGAUGUCCAUUAGGUAACCCAGCCAAUUAUCCUUUCGCUACCAUUGAUCCAGAAGAAGCUAGAGUUAUUGUUCCUUCCCCAAGAUUUGACAAAUUAUGUGAAUUGUACAAACCAAAGAGUGAAGUUCCAGCCUUCUUGACUGUUUAUGAUAUUGCUGGUUUAACUAAAGGUGCUCACGCUGGUGAAGGUUUAGGUAACAAUUUCUUGUCUAACAUUAGAGCUGUUGAUUCUAUUUUCCAAAUGGUUAGAUGUUUCGAUGAUGCUGAUAUUAUCCAUAUUAAUGAUGAAGUUAACCCAAUUGCUGAUUUGGAUAUUAUUAAGGAUGAAUUGAGAUUGAAAGAUAUUGAAUUUGCCAACACUUAUUUGGAAAGUGUUGAAAAAAUUGCCAAGAGAGGUGGUCAAUCUUUAGAAGUUAAACAAAAGAAAGAAGAAGCUGAAUUUGUUAAGAAAAUCAUCCAAAUGUUGGAAGAUGGUAAAAGAAUUGCCAACCAAACCUGGACCUCUAAAGAAGUUGACAUUAUUAACCAAAUGUUAUUGUUGACUGCUAAACCAUGUAUUUACUUACUUAACUUGUCAGAAAAGGAUUACAUUAGAAAGAAGAACAAGUGGUUGAUGAAAAUCAAGGAAUGGGUUGACACCAACUCUCCAGGUGAUUUAAUUGUUCCACUUUCUGUUUCUUUUGAAGAAAAAUUAGCCAACAUGGAAAAUGAUGAAGAAAGAGAUGCUUACUGUAAAGAAGUUGGUGCUAUUUCUGCUUUGCCAAAGAUCAUUGUUGCCAUGAGACAAAAAUUGGACUUGAUUUCUUUCUUCACUGGUGGUCCAGAUGAAGUUAGAGAAUGGACUAUUAGAAAAUGGUACACUGCUCCACAAGCUGCUGGUACUAUUCAUACAGAUUUAGAAAGAACCUUUAUCUUGGCUCAAGUUAUGAAAUAUGAUGAUUUGAUUGAAUAUGGUGAUGAAAACAGUGUUAAGGCUGCUGGUAAAUUGUUACAAAAGGGUAAAGAUUACUUUGUUGAAGAUGGUGAUAUUCUUUACAUUAAAGCUGGUGAAGGUAAAGCUCGUUAA